AUGUAUGAAGAUGAGGAAGCCUUGAUAGCAGCAUCCUGCAAGGCAUACCAAACAGUAUCACAGUUGGCAGGCUCCUCCAAUACAUCAAGUGCACCGUUUAACGAUGGGUCAGAUCUUAUUGUUCUGGACGAGGCCGAUCCAUCAUCAACACCAGCGCCGAACACGGUUCAUUCAGAAACAGGACACAGUGCAAAGAGGCUAGGAAAACGACGUGAAUCUAACGUUUUAAUACACAAUACCUCUCUUGAUGCACUUGAACAAUUUGGCGGUUUUUCUGCUCCGAGAAAGCCAACCAAACGUGAAAUCCGUGAGCUUAGAGCAAAGGAUGCCGGGCCUAAAUGGUUUGGUAUGCCAGGAUUCCCCGGCUCAGCAUCUCACCACAAGAACACAGAUGCCCGUGUCGAAGGUGGAAGAGGCAGUUUCACGGGUGGCGAUGCAAGAGCGGCUACUGAAAAGGAAAUGCGCCGUCAGGUCACAGCGAUUCGACUACGAAAUGCACUAGAUCCGAAGAGAUUCUACCGCGGAAGUGGUGGCACAGGCUCUGAUGGAUCGAUGCCAGCAUAUGCCCAGCUUGGGAAAAUCGUUGGUGGGGGUUUGGAACCAUCGUCUAUGCUCACUCGGAAACAACGCUCAGACUCUGUGGUUGGGGAGCUUAUUCGAGACUCAGCUUCUGUUUCGUAUUCCAAACGAAAGUUCGGAGAGGCCUGUGGCGUUUAG